AUCACCAUGGCUGACAAGUGCUUUUUCAACGGAUGCGACAACGAGUGCGCGGCCGGUGCAUGGAAGUGCGAGUUUCACAAGAACCGCGUGCGCUGCCGCGGCAACGACUGCAGGAACCAAGUGUAUGCCAGAUACCUCUGUGUGCGCCAUGGCGGCAAGAAGAAGUGCCAGUUCCCCGACUGCACAGGCAACGCCCGCGUCGGCACGUACUGCUGCCGCCACGGGGCAGCGAGCAAGAAGAAGCAUUGCAUGAUCGAAGGAUGUACCAAAGUCGCCCACGCACGCCGCUUGUGUGUGGGACACGGUGGUGGUCGCAUCUGCAAGGUUGAAGGAUGCACCGCGCAUGCUCGUCAUGCUGGGUGCUGCCGCAAACACGGUCGCGAUGCCGUGUCCGCGAACGCGACCGACACGGAGUCUCCCAAUAUCACCAUGUUGAAGGAAGAAAUCCUGCCCCUUCCCUUGCUCAACUUGUAUCCCAUGAGCAUGUCCAAGUCUCUACUGGACCAGCCUUGUCAUUUCUCGUUCGCGGGCGGCGACUUUUCCCCCAUCGACGUCCUCGACUUUGACGUUGCGUUCGACGCCGAUGACCUCGACGGCCUGUUUGACGCUGCAGUGUUUGACUGCCCAUGGACGUUGUAGAAAAAAAUACCCCGGCUAUAUAGAAAUUUCAGGAUAAUUUUAUUAAUAUUGUAAUAUACAC